GGGGUGGAAGGAAGGAAGUCAAGUGAGUAAAAGAAAAUGAAGAUGAAGUUAGCCAUAGCAGCUGUGUUAGCAGUGUCGUUUGUAAUAGGAACCUGCAUGGGAGAGCAAUGUGGAAGUCAAGCAGGGGGUGCUGUUUGCCCCGGUGGGGCAUGUUGCAGCAAAUACGGUUGGUGCGGUUCGAGCUCUGACUACUGCAGCAAUGGUUGCCAGAGCCAAUGCGGUGGCAGUGGAGGUGGAGGAGGCGGUGGUGGUGGUGGUGGAGGCGGUGAAGGUGUUGGGAGCAUCGUCCCGAGGGAUGUCUUCAACCAGAUGUUGAAGCAUCGUAGUGACGGAGGGUGCCCAGCUAGAGGGUUUUACUCGUAUGAUUCUUUUAUUUCAGCUUCCAAGGCUUUCCCUAGCUUCGGUAACACUGGGGAUGUCGCCACUCGCAAAAGAGAGAUGGCUGCUUUCCUCGGCCAAACUUCUCAUGAAACUACUGGGGGAUGGCCAAGUGCACCAGAUGGCCCAUACGCUUGGGGAUAUUGCUUCAAUAAGGAACGAAAUCCAAGUGACUAUUGCUCUCCAAACUCUCAAUACCCUUGUGCUCCAGGCAAACAAUACUACGGUCGGGGUCCAAUGCAAAUCUCAUGGAACUACAACUACGGGCAAUGUGGAAGAGCAAUAGGUGUGGACUUAUUGAACAACCCAGAUGCAGCGGCAAAUGACGCAGUGGUGUCGUUCAAGACAGCGAUCUGGUUCUGGAUGACAGCACAAUCACCGAAGCCGUCAUGCCACGACGUCAUCACCGGAAGAUGGGGUGGUGAUCAGGCAGGGUAUGGCACCAUCACCAACAUCAUCAAUGGAGGACUUGAAUGCGGGAGAGGACAAGAUGCCAGGGUGCAGGAUCGCAUUGGAUUUUAUAAGAGAUAUUGUGAUUUGCUUGGUGUUGGAUAUGGCGAUAACCUCGAUUGUGGUUCGCAGAGACCAUUUGGCACCAAUUCACAGCCCCUUAUCGACACCAUGUAGUUAUUUUUUUGUUUUUGUUUUAAUCACCAGUGUGGGUUCAUUUUGUGGUUUUUGUUUUUUUUUUAUUUGUUGUUGAUGUUCUCAUCUCUGAUCACAUAUGAUGAUCACCUUCUAUGAAAUAAAAUAUUAUGAA